GCCCGCACUUCCGCGGGGCGGAGUUCUCCCAGUGCUGACGUUGGCAGCCGAACCGAAGUAGUUCGAGCUGACGGGUUACGAGGUCCACUUGUUUCGUUUCUUCCUCUUUCACUCCACGCUCCCGGCGGCGGCGGCAGCGUUUCGAGCCUCUUCCGGGCCUGCUGUCCUCCCGCGCUCCAGCCUCGCUCGCCGGCGCGCCCAGGUUCCCAGGCAGCCGGCGGCCCACGCCCGCCUGCGCUCAGCACCGCGUUUGCAGCUCUCAGGCCCAACCUAGCGCCCGCCUGAGAACCUCCCGGUUCCCGCGGCGCGGCACCGGGAGCGGGGCGUCGCAGCGGUCCGAGGGGGAGCGAACGAGGCCAAGGGGUGGUUUGGGUUAGUGGUGGCACCGCGAAGAUGGUCGCCAAACAGCGGAUCCGUAUGGCUAACGAGAAGCACAGCAAGAAUAUCACCCAGCGCGGCAACGUAGCCAAGACCUCGAGAAAUGCUCCCGAAGAGAAGGCGUCUGUAGGACCUUGGUUAUUGGCUCUCUUCAUUUUUGUUGUUUGUGGUUCUGCAAUUUUCCAGAUUAUUCAAAGUAUCAGGAUGGGCAUGUGAAGAGCCUGACCUUAAGAUGUUUCCAUUCUCCUGUGAAUUUUAACUUGAACUCAUUCCUGAUGUUUGAUACCCUGGGUAAAAACAAUUCAGUAAAUCAUCCUGCCUCAGAAUGACUUUUCAUAUCAUCAUUCAUGUGUCAUUCCAAGGUUUUUUCACAAGUCAUUCCAAAUUUUCUAGUUCAUACCACAGUGCCUUGCAAAAGCACCACAUGAAUAAAGCAAUAAAAUUUGAUUGUUAAGCUACCAUAGCGGACCCUACUUAUUCAGUCAUUAAAGAGUAAGUUUUUUAAUGUGGUUAUUAAAACAGUAUACAGUAUAGGUAAUUAGAUUAAGUCUGUGUGGACAGGGUCUAGAUUUUGUUAACUCUAAUGAGUACAUGCAGUUAGCUUAAUUUAAAAUUUGGAAUCUUAUGGUUUUUAUAUAGCUAGGCACUUAUUACAAUAUCUUGAAUUGAAAGCACACUCCCAUAUAGGGUUAUGGACCUGUACUGUAAUAAGGUGCUUAUAAAUGGAACAACUAUACAGUUAGCCUAGUUUUCCCACAAUCUAUAGCACCUAGGAAAUUCUAAAAGCUUCUAAACGCCUAAUGUAAAAGAAGAUGCUUAUAGCCAUGUUUACUUUAAUAUUAUUUCUGGUACACUACCUUGGAUUUUGCAUGAGUGAAUAUACUAACCUGAGAUGCCAUAAGAAAACAACUUGGUUGAGCAUUUUGUAAUUUAGUCACUUCAGUUUCACUAAAACCUAUCAUGGUGGAGUACAGUCAGGGAAGGUUUGUUUAUCUCACCAGUGAUUUCAUCAGAAUUACUUUAAUGUAUCAAAGGGGUCUACUAUGGUAGACAGAGUCUAAGAGGAAAAAUACGACUAAAAAUGGAUGCCUCAUCAGGACAUACUAUUGAGCCCAAUGUGCCAUAAGACAUCUUAGCAUGUUAUUAGCACUUUUAACAUCAAAAAGGCACAACAACUAAAAAGUUACACCUAGUUUGGAAAUGUUUUUUCUAGAUUUAUGAUUAAAAUUGUUGGGGUUCUAGAUACAUCAGACUAAUGUAUCAUCUGGAAUUAAAUGGAUUUACUGAUAAGGGAUCAGUCCUUAGUUUUCCCUUUGUUGUAUAAUUUUAUAGGUUAUGAUCAGACUUCCAUUGUAAUGGUAAGGGGGAGUAGGAAGGCAGAUUUGGGGUUUUCUGGUACUGUUAAAAACUGAAAGUAUUGGCUAUUUAAAUACUGAGCCAUAACUUGAUGAAAAAAACCUGAGAGAUGUCUGUUAAUUGGAAAGAAAGCUGCUUGUUUGCUUUGUUUAAUUGCCUCAGGAUAUUUCUUUUAAAAUAAGCUGUUUUAAAAGGAACAGAAGGGAAAUCUGCUACUUUGUCUAUACUCAGUGUGACCUUCAGAGAGAGCUUCUGAUGCCCCAAGGUAUGGGAGAGAGUGUGGGAGGGGAGUGGUAAGGCUUGUCAGGAAUUUGACUACUCUAGAAUAGGAAAAGAAUCAGCUGACCUGAGGCCAGCAGGUUUUAUCUUCAUUGUUACCUGCCUUUCUCACCCAGGAAGUCAACUCCUAUACUUGUUUCCCUCUUUGAAACAAGUAUCUUGGUUAAUUCUAUUUUAUUGUAACUUUUAAAAUGAAAGUUAUUGUUCUAAGUUCAUAGCAGGUGCCUUAUUCUUUGCUUUGAGUCAAACCAUUCCAUAUCAGAAUUUCCCUUGGUGUAUCAUAGGUAAUUGACUUUAAGAUGGUGGUGAUGUCUUUUAAUAUACAAUGUCUAUUAAUUUGACUGUUAAAUUGCUAUAGCUAGCAACCAUUUUACAUAUGUAAAGUUGCAUUCCCUUUGUAUUUCAUGUGUAAUUUUCCAAUUGAGUGCAUUUUAUAUUAAGGAUGGAUUAUGCAUGUUUGGGUCAAUGAAAGCUAUGUCUUAUUUGAUUUGUUCUUUAAAAAUAAAAGUUCCCUGGAUAUUUUAUGCCUUCUAAAAGAAAAUGAUUUUACAGAGUUCAAUUUUUUUUUUUUUUUAAUAAGAAUUUGUUUGAACCAAAUUGAUGCAUGCUGGAAACCAAGAUCACAAGUGCUCUCCAGAGUUCUUAUCUGAGUGUAUAUUUUACAAUUAAUAGAAAAUGAUUUUAAAGACUGCCUAGUAUUAUGUUGUACUUGAGAUAAAACAAAUAGUACCCAAAUGCACGGAUUUAAAGUUUAUAACUGGGAAUAGGUAGCAAGAAAAAUACAUAAAAGCACAAUGAAUUAAAUACUUCCCCACCUAGGAUUUACCCUUAUCUCAUGUUUAUCCAAGUCUGAUUCAAGGAAGAAGCACGGUUCUUUUUAACUCCCUUUCCUAAUUGAAUUUUUAAAAAGCAUAUCUUUAUUGAUUUCAGAGAGGAAGAGAGAGAGAGAGAAACAUCAAUGAUGAGAGAGAAUCAUUGAUCAGCUGCCUCCUGCACGCCUCCCACUGGGGAUGGAGCCCACAUCCUGGGCAUGUGCCCUGACCGGAAUCGAACUGUGACCUCCUGGUUCAUAGGUUGACCCUCAACCACUGAGCCGCGCUGGCCGGGCUCCCAAUUGAAUUUUAUGUGUCAUCUAAUUUUGAGCACAGUAUGAGAGUAAAUGCUUUGUUGCAGUUGUCUACAUUAUCCAAUUACUCUUUGUAAUUUAGCUACAACAUUCCAAAGAGUUGUCAGGAUUUCAUUGUAUCUGUUGAGUUGUAUAUAAUGCUCAAAAUAAUUGAGUGAGCUUCCAGAUUAAGUAAAAGAUUUUCAUUGUAAAAGGAUACACUGUAAUGGGCGUUUGACUUACAUUAAAGAAGUAUGUAUACUC